AUGUCUACUGAUCGCUCGCACAACCAUCUUCCUGGAGCCCAUCAAAUCAAAGCCUCCUGCUCCAAAUCCCCAGACCUCCUUCAUUGGUUAUAUAAAUCAGACGUUGGGGGUACCCUAUGUGGACAUCCUGGGAAUUUCAAGCUAGCUCUAGCAGCAGCUUAA